AUGUUGUUAAAUUUCAUUAUUUUUCAGGGUUACUGCUGUUCGUCGAACUACUUGUGCCCAAAUCGCGCUGAAUUCUAUAUCGAGGAGAGUAGCCAGAUGCCACGCUCCUGUACACCGCACACAUUUAUUCCAUGUCCGGCUGGUUAUGUAUGUCAAAGUACACAAGCAGAAUUCACAACUGGUUACUGUUGCAAAGAUGAAAGUACUUCUGUUUCCGAUAUUCAGGAAGAUGUAAUAUUUGCAGAUGGUUGUCCACCAAAUGAAUAUGCUCUUGUCAAAGAUAAUCAAAUCGUAUCCUGUGAUCCGUUCAGUAACGCAUGUCCUGCUGGAUAUUCAUGCCAGUGGUCAUCGUCCACACAACGUUAUCAGUGUUGCGGUUCCGCACCGAUGGCUUCUUCCAAAAUUACUAAGUAUGGUUGUCCACCAAAUGAAUAUGCUCUUGUCAAAGAUAAUCAAAUCGUAUCCUGUGAUCCGUUCAGUAACGCAUGUCCUGCUGGAUAUUCAUGCCAGUGGUCAUCGUCCACACAACGUUAUCAGUGUUGCGGUUCCGCACCGAUGGCUUCUUCCAAAAUUACUAAGUGUCGGUUCCCCGUGGAAGGCGAGGAAAUAUUACAAAAAUUUUUAGCGUUAUUUUCAGUGGCACAGCUUGGCUGCCCCUAUAAUCAGGUAGCAUAUCGUGAUCCAACAACGAAUUUACCGCAAGUUUGUACGGCUACUUCUCAGAAUUGCUCAGUUGGAUAUUUCUGUCAAUUUUCUACGACUAAUAAUCAGUUCCAGUGUUGUGGCAUUAACAGCGGCUGCCCGAACGACCAGGUUGCAUUUGUUGGGAUAAAUGGCGAUCCGGAGAGCUGUAUUCCUGAUCGGAACACUUGCCCAGCUGGAUAUUCAUGCCAAAAAACACACAAUGGUGCACAUUACUGCUGCACAUUAGGAUCUAACAAAAUUUGUACCGAAAAACAGGUGAGCGUUGAUGGAUCCUGUCUUGAUAAAGUGGAAAUUGGGAACGUUAUUGUCACUGUUUCAGUUUGUACCGAAAAGCAGGUGAGCGUUGAUGGAUCCUGUCUCGAUAAAGUGGAAAUUGGGAAGUCCUGUAAAAAUACAAAGCAAUGCAUGGGUGAAUCAACAUGCGUUGAUGGUGUUUGCAAAUGUCCCGAUGGAAUGACCAAUCAGUCAGGAUUAUGCAAAGAAGGAUGCAUUGAAGGUCACGUAUUAAUAAAGGACGAAUGUUUGGAGCAGGUUGAACCGGGAGAUCUGUGCAUUGAUGACAAGCAAUGUUUGGGCGGAUCGAAGUGCGACGAAGGUGUUUGCGAAUGUCCCAAAGGGCAGCACAUCCAGCGAGGAAAAUGUGUCGAAAACGUGACAAAGCCUGCCGCAAAAUGUCCAAUUCCCGGGCAGUCGCCGUAUUACGAGCGAGGAUCCACGAAGGUUACUAUUAUCUGGAAGAAAUAA